AUGAUUGGUGCCAUCACGAACCUCACGAACCAGCUGAACAAGGCUUCUGAGGAUCGCAGGCACCAGUUUCGCCAGCUGAGGAAGUACUUGAACCAGCAUCACAUCAACGAGGACCUCUCCCUGCGGAUUACUGGCUUCCUACAGGGUGCCUACAGCCUUCGCCAGGCACGGCUGGCGGAUUCCCAGGUUGCACUGCUGGAGCUACUGUCCACGCCCCUGCGCGGAGAGCUGCACUCUGCGAUGUACAAGAGAUGCCUUGAG